AUGAUGAAAGUGUUUUCCUGGUUGGCAACAGCCUUUCUUUUGAGUUCCACCGAAUGUAUGAGAGUUUCUUAUGGAGGAGGUACAAUGGAAGAAAUUGAAAAGGUGCCGGAAGCGACAUUGUCUACUGAAAUGAAUAUUGAUGAAAGUACUAGUCGUCUGCCGCUUGCUAAAAGACAUCAUCAUGAUUGCGGUCCAGCCUAUGCUGUUGCCCCUGGCCCUGUCUACCAACCGGUCUACCAACCGGUCUACCAACCGGUAGUUUGUUCAAGCUGUGGCGGACAUCACCAUCACCAUGAUGAUGAUUGUUAG